AUGUCGGAUAAGGAAUUUGGUGGAAAUGACGAUCUUUCGCUUCCUAAAGCGACUGUGCAGAAGAUCGUCGGCGAGAUUCUAUCCAACUCACCAGGAAUGGGCUUAACGAAAGAUGCACGAGACCUCCUAAUAGAAUGCUGCGUCGAGUUCAUCACCCUCAUAUCAUCCGAAGCCAACGAGAUCAGCGAGAAGGAGAGCAAAAAGACGAUCGCAUGCGAGCACAUCACAAAGGCCUUGGAGCAAUUAGGCUUUGGGGAUUAUGUGCAUGAUAUCAUGGAGGUGGCAAGCGAGCACAAGGAGCAGUUGAAGGGACGCGAGAAGAAGGCAAACAAGCUAGAAGCCAGUGGAUUGUCUACCGAGCAACUCCUGGCGAUGCAAGAAGCUGCAUUCAAAGAUGCUGCUCAACGGCACGGAUGA